AUGGAAGCGGUUCUGAUUGAAAUUUACGCCGGAGGAGUUUUCGGAGACUUUUCCCCUGGAGUUAGAGCAGGUGAGGGCCGGGAUUGCUGUCAACAACUGCUGCAACCACUGGCUCGACCCGGACGGAGCCUUAGCUGGGAAAGGGAGAAGCUCCAAAGCCAUGAGCUGAGUAAGAUGCUGGCUCUGGAAUCAAUGGCCUAUCUCCACAAAGCCCUGAACUUCCUUCAGGAUCUCUUCGAAUCAGUGGGAAUUCCAGAAGACCAGAGGUUAGAGAAGACGGAAGUGGUGAAAAGCCUUUUGGACCUCAUCAUUUCAGAGGAAGAGAAUAAUAAGAGGAGGCUUCUGGAAAGCAUAGCAUUGCUUCGGAAACAACUAGACAGUCUGUGCUUUGAAUUAAAUGUGCAACGUUUUCAAGAGGAGGAGGGCAUCACCAUUGCGCAGCUAGAGAAGGACCUGCGCAUCCAGCUGGAAAUCAGAUCAAAGCAGAAGGUGGCGAGGAUGCAGGAGCUGACAAGGCUUCAAGAGCAAGACCAGGCGUUCUGUGAGCUCUUCCACACAUCCCCCUAUAGCAUGGAGAGGGACUCCGUGCCCAGCCUCGAGGAGCUGGACCAGUUCCGAGGCUACCUGGCAACUCUGGCUGAAACAGAGGAGUUCAGAGAGGAGGAAUUUGGCAGAGCAAAGAGACAGAUCCUUUUCCUUGUAGAAGAGUUAAAUUAUACUCCAGACAGCAGUGUUGAAAAAGAUAUAUUAUGUGAAGAUGAAGAUACCUCUGAUUUGUCACUGGAAAAAUUUGCAGCUUUGCAUGACCUGCUACAUCAGUUGGAGGCGCUGAAAGCUGAGAAGGAGAUUGUUUGUGAAGAACUAUAUUCUCAAAUCCAAAAGCUCUGGGACAUUUUACAAGUUCCUUAUGAGGAGAGAGAAGCCCUGGCUACACUCAUGACUGGAUCAGUGACCAAAAGGAGAAAAGCACUUCAAUCAGAAGUAAAUCGGUUGGAAGAGCUACGGAUUCAGAACCUGAAAAAAGUGAUUGAACUAAUCAGAAAAGAGCUGGCUCGGUAUUGGAGAAAGUGCUUUUACAGCCAGGAGCAGAGAGAAGCUUUUACCCCCUACUAUGAUGAAGACUACACAGAGACCCUGCUCCAGCUCCAUGAUACCGAGGUGGUGCAGUUGAAACAUUACUACGAGGUGCACAGGGAGCUCUUUGAAGGCAUCCAGAAGUGGGAAGAAAACUGGAAACUUUUCUUGGAGUUUGAGAGGAAAGCUUCAGAUCCAAGUCGUUUUAUGAAUCGUGGUGGAAACCUCCUGAAGGAGGAAAAACAAAGAGCCAAACUUCAAAAAACUUUCCUUAAGUUGGAAGAGGAGUUGAAAGAACAGAUUGACCUGUGGGAACAAGAGCAUUCAAAGACUUUCUUGGUGAAUGGGCAGAAAUUCAUGGAGUAUGUGACUGAACAGUGGGAGAUACAUCGUUUGGAGAAAGAGAAAGCCAAGCAGGAAAGACAUUUAAAGAAGAAUCAACAGAUAGAAGUCGAAAUGUUCUAUGGCUGUGCAUCUAAAAUUCCUAGCAAGAGGGAAGGCCUGGGAUCCAAAAUGACAGGCAGAAUUAUCAAGACAUUGAAUGCCAGCCCACAGGAUCCCAACAGAACCUUUGAAUUGGAUGAGACAAUUCUGAAUAAUGGAUGUUCUCGGCUAUCCUCACUCCAGAGAAACUUCCAGAUUAAUUCGAUUGCCAGAACCUAUUCUGCAUUUGCGCAAGAAUUUUCAGAGGCCUCCAGAUCGGUUGACAAUUCAGAAAUUUUCAACUCUACCAAUCUAUAA